AUGCAUCAGAAUCUACGCCUAUACAUAACCAAAGACGUCUACGUCCUUGAGCCCGAGACCGGUGCCAGCCUAGUUAUCCGUCGUGAUAGUGGUGCCAUUACAGUUUCAGAUGAUGCUGUGCCCCCCGUAACCGAACAAGACGCAACGAUGACAGUAUAUGGUGUUCUUGGAUUCAUUCAGCUGAUAUCUGGUUAUUACUUGAUCGUCAUCACAAAUCGCGAAAACGUGGGGACUCUUCGUGGCCAUGACAUUUAUCGUGUGGGAUCAUUCCAAAUCUUGCCACUGGCUCGCAAUUUGAGUGGAUUAUCUGAGGAGCAGAGAAAAGACGAGCAUGAAUACGUUUCGCUAUUGGAGAGCCAUAUCAAAGCUGGUGGAUUCUACUUUUCUUACAGCUACGACUUGACAUUGAGCCUGCAACGACAAUCUGAACUUACAGCCGAGUCUUUGGCACAGCCAUUAUGGAAGCGGGCGGAUGAUCGCUUCUUUUGGAAUCGCUUUGUAUCGAGCAAGCUCAUUGACGACGCUACACAAAACUUGAAUGAUUUUAUUUUACCUGUAAUGCAAGGCUUUGUCGAGAUCAAGGAUGCACGUGUCAACGGCAAGCCCUUCACCAUUGCUCUCGUCACUCGACGUAGCCGCUUCCGCCCUGGUACGCGUUACUUUUCUCGAGGCAUUGACAGCCAUGGCAACGUAUCCAACUUUGUUGAAACGGAGCAGAUCGUCUUGUAUGACGGCGAGGAUGCUAAGCAACCAUCGGUGGGUCUCAAGCAGCUUUCUUAUGUGCAAACGCGUGGAUCCAUUCCUGUUUACUGGAGCCAAAUUAUCACUCUCAAAUACACACCACGAUUAUGGGUGGGCGAAAGCAGAAAGAGUCUUGAUGCUGCACGUGCACACUUUGAUGAGCAAAUCCGUAUCUAUGGCCCACAAAUCCUUGUCAACUUGAUCAACAAGAAAGGUUAUGAGCUUCCCAUGGGUCAGGCCUAUGCUCGUACUAUUGAACAAUUGAACGACCCUCGCUUGGAUUAUACGCACUUUGAUUUCCAUAACGAAUGCAAGCACAUGAGAUGGGAUCGUAUCCAGCUACUUGUUGAUCAGCUACAAGAACAGCUUGUAAAGCAAGGCUACUUUUACCUCGACGCUACUGAUAAGAACGCCCCAGCUGUGCAAAAAACGCAAACAAGUGUGAUUCGAAGCAACUGUAUGGAUUGUCUUGAUCGUACCAAUGUUGUACAAAGCACGUUUGCUCGUUGGGUGCUUACACAACAGCUUCGUCAAAUUGGCAUCCUCGGCCCCAAUGAAUCGAUUGAAAAUCAACACGCCUUCAUGUUCAUUUAUCGCAAUGUGUGGGCCGAUAAUGCAGAUGCCGUUAGUACCACCUACUCUGGCACGGGUGCCUUGAAGACUGAUUUUACAAGGACUGGUCAACGUACCAAAGCCGGCGCUAUGCAAGAUCUCCAAAACUCGUUGACGCGUUAUGUCAAGAACAACUUUUUGGAUGGUAUUCGUCAAGAUGGCUUUGAUUUGUUUUUGGGCAAUUACAAGGUUUCCCCAACUGUCACCCACAGCCCAUUUGAAGUGAGCCGACCUCUACGUGUUCGUGUGGUGCCCUAUAUCCUCAUCUUUGGUCUCUUCAUGUUGUUGCUUAAUUUAUUCCGACCUAGUUACUCUGGUGUGCAUUCAUGGGUUUCGUAUCUCCUUUUGCUGGCAUUCUGGUUAUCUGUUAUCAUUUCUGGUGUACGCUUCGCUUUACGUCAUGGCGAUCAAUUUGUGGGUUGGCCUCACCUUGUCGCACUACCAAACUAUGAUGAGCUCGAUGCCAAGGGUGGAAUAAUGGAAAAAGGUGGUAUGGAGCCUCCCGAGAUGGGUACACCGCCCGAAUCACUGGAAAAGUAA